CGUUAUUCGUGUCUGUUCAAAUUGAGUAACUGUCACGUGGUAGCUAGGGUUUGUUUAUGAACGACAGGUUUGUAGCCAAAACGGCAAUCACUUUUAGGGUUUAAAAACGGAAGUUGAAACCCUGAGAAGUGACGUGGAUUUCAUUUGACAAUGGGGUUCUGGGGGAUUGAAGUGAAACCUCGCAAACCGUAUCCUUAUCACGCAGACAAUGUGCAAGGGAAGCUUCAUGUUACUCAGGCUACUCUAGGCGCUGGCUCAUCAUCGGAGAAAACCAUUCUUCAGUGCUCUUCUGGACACAAAAGUCCAGUUUUCUUGUGUUCACUGAUUCCGGAUAAGAUUGAGUCAUGCCCUUUGAAUCUCGAGUUUGAUGCUGAUGACUUGGUGGCAUUCUCAGUGAUUGGUCCAAGAAGCGUCCACCUUUCUGGUUUUUUUGCUGCUACUGAUGGGGAUGCCCUUAGGGAUGACUAUGAAUAUGAUUCAUGGGGAGAGGAUAUUGAAGGAACUGAGACAGACGAUUCAUCUGAAUUUGACAGUGAAGAUGAUGAUAUUGACAUGUACCCAUCUUCGCCCGUCCCAAAUAGGGGAGUUAUAAUUGAGGAAAUAGUGGAUGAUGAUGAACUUGAUAGUGGAGAUGAUCCAAUUAAGCGAUUAAAGAAUAAGAAACAGGUAGCUCAGUUAAAAGAGAAAGACAGCAAAAGUUCCAAGCUUCCAAUUGUCUCUGACGGUGAGGUUGAACUUGUGGAAAGUGAAGAUGAAGAUGGUUUUCCAAUUUCCACUGCAGAGAAAGCUUUGUCUGUCUCUCAGAAGGCAGAAGCCAGUAAGAAAACUGAGAAAGCCAACAAGAAGGGAAAAGAUGCUGAGCAUUCUGCUAACUUAAAAAGAAAAGUUGAUAGUGCUGAUGAAGAUGAGCCACAGGAUGGGAAAAAGAAGAAGAAAAAAAACAAGUUGAAAGAACAUAUUAAAGGGGAAAGUGCUCCUGCAUCUGGCAAUAGCAAUGGGACAAAUAAUACUACACCAGCUGCAAAGCAUCCCAAGGACGUUAAAACUACAAUCAACCUGAGCGAUCCUUCUCAUUCAGGGGAUGAACAUGAUGGGAAGCAAUCCAAUACGGAGGUCCUUGCUGAGAAGAAAAAAAAGAAAAAGAAGAAAAAGACCAAGGAGUCUGAAGGGGUAGCUGCUGCAAAUCAAACUACCCCAACUGCUGAAAAGCAGAAUUUGUCUACCUCAGAGAAAAAGGGGAAAAAACAAAUUGAAACCAAGCCAUCUCAAGUGAGAACUUUUCCAAAUGGAUUGGUUAUAGAGGAGCUGUAUAUGGGUAAACCUGAUGGCAAAAGAGCUGCUCCUGGAAAGAAGGUCAGUGUUAAAUAUAUUGGCAAACUGCAAAAAGAUGGGAAAAUAUUUGACUCGAAUGUGGGAAGAGCACCCUUUGGAUUUCGGCUGGGUGUAGGACAAGUCAUCAAAGGGUGGGAGGUUGGGAUCAAUGGGAUGAGGAUUGGGGAUAAAAGAAGGAUCACUAUUCCACCAUCUAUGGGUUACGCGGACAAGCGCGUUGGGAGUAUACCACCAAAUUCGUGGCUUGUAUUUGAUGUUGAGUUGGUUAAUGUUGAUCGCUGAGUGGCUUCCAACUCUAAAGUCCUUGCAUUCUUUUACUAUCCCUCACUGGCUCAGGAAAUUUUAACCAUUUUUGGUUCAAACUGGGUCGUUUUGAGACCACAUUAGACCUCAAGUUUUGUAGGAAAUUCUGGAUUGAAUUAGGGAAUUCUCACCUUCACGAUUAUAAACAUGCAAAUAUAUAGUUGGUAAUUGCUUUCAUUAUCAAUAUAAUGCUGAUCAUCAAAUGUGGGUUUCAUUUGGGAUGUAC